AUGCUGCUCGUCGCACCCGAAAAAAUGGCGGCCUACGGAGUCGAGAUUACAUUAGCCAUCAGAAAUGCUCGAUUUUACCCGUCGGCAGAUGGCGUACGCAUCGGAGUGUUCAGUUUGGAUAAGGAAUCGGAAAUUGUUGAACAAGUGGCCGAAACGGAAACGAUUUAUGGACAAGCCGACUCGUGUUUUCAAGAAAAACUGAACUUGAAUUUUAGAUUUGAGAAGUUGCAAAGGUUUCGAGCGAUAAUGUAA